CUCUCCGUAGUUUCAGGAAAUCCGGAUGCCUGUCGUCAUAUGGUGUAACUGUUGCAUAGUCAGAAGCCAAAAAUAUCAUCACGUUUCUGGACACGCCCUCUUCAAGCUGUAGUGACUGCGUUUGGCAAGAUAAUUGGUCUGCAUUGUUGCGUGUCAGCCACGCAGUGGUUCCGAGUAGUCGUGACUGACAAACAACACGAAGCUAAAUUCACGAACCAAAGAUUGUAUCCUCUCUCUUACAGCUAGCAGAGCAACAUGGGCGACUGGCUCGUCAACGAAGGCCCGAAGUGGCUGAUUUUGGUUCUGUGGUUUGGCAUCAACAUCGGCCUGUUUGUUGGCUACUUCCUCUUUUACCACCAAGGAACUCAGUUCUACUAUCUCAGGCUACUUCUUGGGCAUGGGCUAGCCUGGGCCCGAGCCCCUGCAGCGUGUCUGAACUUCAACUGUAUGCUGAUCCUGCUGCCUGUGUGCAGGAACCUCAUCUCCUACCUGCGAGGGUCCUGUGGGUGCUGUCGUCGCAGUAUCCGUCGCCAGUUGGACAAGAACAUCACAUUUCAUCGAGCAGUGGCUUACAUGAUCUGUCUUCACACAGCCAUCCACUUUGGUGCUCACUGCUACAACCUGGAGCUGUUGGUUGCAGCCCAGACGGACCCGUACAACCUGCCCUUCUUCUUCUACGGUAACGACACGGAAGGGCUGAUCUCCAAACUCACCAGUCUGCAGGAUGGUGUCAACUCAACAUACAUCAACCCCAUCAGAUUGUCAAACUCUGAUGCCAUUAUAGAAGGUCUGAAGACCGUUGCAGGUGUGACAGGUGUGGUCAUCACACUGGCACUUAUUGUCAUGGUGUCAUCAUCUACUGAAGUCAUCAGGAGGUCUUACUUUGAGGUUUUCUGGUACACACAUCAUCUGUUCAUUGUCUUCUUCAUCGGACUGGUGCUACAUGGCAUAGGCGGUAUUGUCCGUGGCCAGACCAACAUUGACGUACACAACCCAGAAGAGUGCUUCAGAAGAUACCUGGAAUGGAGUCCAGACGAUGCCACCUGUAAGAUUCCACAGUUCCAAGGAGGUGGCGCACAGACAUGGAAAUGGGUGCUUUUUCCCAUGAUCCUCUAUAUUGCGGAACGGUGCAUCAGGUUCUACCGGAGUCAGCAGAAAGUUGUCAUCACGAAAGUGGUGAAGCACCCCUCCAAGGUUCUGGAGCUGCAGAUGAAGAAGAGAGGUUUCCAGAUGAUGGCAGGGCAGUACAUCUUCAUCCACUGUCCCAGCAUCUCUCGACUGGAGUGGCACCCCUUCACUCUCACCUCGGCCCCCCAGGAGGACCACUUCAGCGUACACAUCCGUAUUGUUGGGGACUGGACCGGCGCCCUGUCCAAGGCCUGUGGUGCAGAGGAGCCUGAGUUCCAAGACGCCUGGAAGAUGCCACAGAUUGCCGUGGACGGGCCUUUUGGAACAGCGAGCGAAGACAUCUUCCGCUAUCAAGUGGGCGUGUUGGUGGGAGCAGGCAUUGGGGUUACUCCCUUUGCCUCAGUGCUGAAGUACAUCUGGUAUCAGUACUGUAACCCUGACAUCACACUGAAGCUGAAGAAGGUGUACUUCUACUGGAUCUGCCCGGACACGCUGUCCUUCGAGUGGUUUGCGGACCUGCUGCAGUCCCUGGAGAACCAGAUGUUGGAGCGAGGCAUGGGGGACUUCCUCAACUAUAACAUCUACCUCACCAGGGGGUGGGACGCCAACCAGGCUAAGAACAUCAUUCUACAUGAAGAGGAGAACAGUGAUGUCAUCACCGGUCUGCAGCAGAAGACUCACUAUGGCCGUCCUCACUGGGAUCAGAUCUUCAGUAACAUCGCGCAGUCCCAUACUGGGGUGAGUGUGGGUGUGUUCUUCUGUGGUCCCAAGGGACUGUCCUCCACCCUCCACCACAUGUGUAACCAGCACUCCAGCUCCGACCCCAGGGGGGUCCACUUCCACUACAACAAGGAGAACUUCUAGGGCUCCAACAAUUGUCCAUUUAUUUAGUGCAGAUUUUAAAUGCUAUUUUCAUACACUA